ACUGAGCAGUUAGCGGCAAAACAAACUUAUUUGAGUUGUUGCUUUUCGAAAUAGUGAUUAAUUAUUGUAUUCUCAUCACUUUUCGUCGUAUUCGUACGUUUAGUGAGGUGAAACUUGUAGGGUUCUUCAUAUUAUUUACCUUAUGAGUGAGCAAGCAAGAUCGAGUCCAAGACCAGCUCAAGAUAAAGAAAAUGUUACAGUUGGUGAUUUAAGAGAAAAGAUCGCCAAAAUAAAUAGUGAUAUUCACCGCCUGGAAGCCAAAGGGUACAGACACACUGAUCUGCAGGUCCACAUACAAAAGCUGCACGAAUAUAACGAGAUAAAAGACAUCGGGCAGAUGUUAUUAGGAAAACUGGCCUGCGAGGAGGGCGUCACUACGAAGCAUCUUUACGUGCGAUUCGACCUACAGCUGGAUGACUGAGCGUCUCCCGCAACGACAACAAGAGGGCGCCGCUGAGUGACGCAUCUCUCCCGGCGACGACGAUCUGAAGUAGAGAAAAAACGCUUAUCUCCCUGACACGUCGAUUUUCGCGCGUUUCUACUUCCGCCCGACAAGUCGAUUUCCGCGCUUUUCGGCAUCCGUCCGACGCGACGAACCGAGACGCGAAAAACUGGGGAUGCCUCGGCGGCGCUCGGACGUGGCCGACGCGGCGAUGCGGGAACGUUGCCUCAGCGUCGUCCUCGGACGCAUGACGAUGAAAGCCCUCACGGCCGGCAACGACGAGGACGCGUCGUCCCUGCUCUCGCGCUGGUCCUACCUGCGCGACGAGAACGAAUCGUUCGACCCGCACGCUCGCUCGAUCAUCUACGGAUCCACUACGAAGCGAGAGCUCGUCUCGCGCCUCGUCGAGUACUGCGCAGAGAACGCCACAGUCGCCGACGUCGCCCAGCUGGAUUUGCUGGCGGUGCGCGCGGCCGGGAACGCGACGUGGCAGGCGUACGAGCUCGCCGACGAAGUCGCGAUCGAGGGGGCGCUGCCGAGUGACCAGCAGCUGCGGAAGCGCCUGCAGAGGGCGCUGGCGCCGCUUGUCGAGCACGACGUCUACGUCGAGACGAGAGCCGGCGCCACCUGGAUGUGGCUGUGGAUGCACGGCGGCGGCGGCGGGCGGGUUUUCCGCGCGUCGGACGUCGUGUACGCGGCGUGCGUGCCGCACACCGCGCACGUGUUCACGACUCGGACAUCGCCGAUGCGCCGGCGCGCGCUGACGCACGCCCUCGCCGUCACGUUCGGAUGCUGCGAGGUGCGCGAGAUGCCGCUGAGGGGGCGCUGCCUGCGCUCGCUCGCCCGGCUUGCGCUGCAGCGCAACGCGCUCCCGGGGCUCUCCCACCAGCUACACAACGAGCUUGAUCUGCCCGCGGCGCCCCCUCGUGGUCGAGCGAAGCGCGCGGCGCCCCCGCGGUUGGACGGGCGGGCGGUGCGGGAGGACGAGGGGGAGCGGGCGGCGAAGCGACAGCGGGUGGACGCGGCGUACGGGACGAAACCACAGCCGACGCUGGAGCAGGUGCAGUACCGGCUGAAGACGCGUUUCCGCGGGCUGCAGGCGGCGGAGAUGGACUCCGGGCAGCUGUUCCGCUGCCGCGUGACCUUCACCGGCAGCAGCGUUCUGGACGGCUUCCGAAACCUCGUGUCUGCGGGCAUGGCGACCUGGCCGCUGCCACCUCACGUCUCCAACCUGCACAGGAUGGCUCGCAACCUCAUCGUGCUUGAAGAUCGCAGAGACGCGCAUACGAGCGGGUAGCGUCGUCACGCCGACCGCAGCGACGCACAGACGGGCGGGCAGCAUCGUCACGCCGACUGCAGAGACACGCAGACGAGCUGGUAGCGUCGUCACGACGACCGCAGCGACGCACAGACGGGCGAGCAGCAUCGUCACGCCGACCGCAGAGACGAGCGGGUAGCGUCGUGACGACGACCGCAGCGACGCACAGACCGGCGGGCAGCAUCGUCACGCCGACUGCAGAGAUGCGCAGACGAGCUGGUAGCGUCGUCACGACGACCUCAGCGACGCACAGACGGGCGGGCAGCAUCGUCACGCCGACCGCAGAGACGAGCGGGUAGCGUCGUGACGACGACCGCAGAGACGCGCAGACGAGCGCGUAGCACCGUCGCGCCGACAGCAGAGAUGCGCAGACGACCAGGUAGCGUUGUUACGCCGACCGCAGAGAUGCGCAGACGAGCGGGUAGCGUUGUCACGACGACUGCAGAGACGCGCAUACGAGCGGGUAACACUGUCACGCCGACCGCAGAGACGCGCAGACGAGCGGGUAACAUCGUGACGUUGUCGUGCCUACGGGGGAAAGGAUCGGAAAGGAGGCAUGUUGACUUCACAACUUCACGCUAGCAGAGGAAGCUUGAGGACGAUUUCUUAGGAGACAUCAUGACAUGUGUUGACUACAUCUUCAUAACAUUGUUGUCUGCAGGGAAAGUCUGCAGACAUGUUUGUUGUUUGCUUUGAAAACUCAACGAUGAAGUCGUUGUAACGUAAUCACGUCGUGCUAGCUCGUAGCUAUGGGGAAGAUUUGCAAGGAGCUAGCGAGUUGGGAUCUUAUGCUAUCACUUCAUAACCUUAUUCUGCUAGCAGAGAAGGGAGCUUUUCUUGAGUGGCUAGGAGCAACAUGAACUUCACAACCUGCAACGAACCUUAUACCAAGAAGAGGAUAGAUCUAUGUACGAUAUAAUUUUUCUAUUCUGAAUCUAUUUUACAUUUUAUGUCAUUUUAAUGUUUCCUAAUACUUGACCUUGUCAAAUUGUUUUAGUAAUUUGAUAUUUGUUGCCAUAUUAGACUAGCGUGAAAAUUAGUUCUUAUUACACACGUAUUUCUUAGAAAUGUGUUAUGGAAAGUUUUUCCAUAGGAUUUUAUUUUGUUUAAAUUACAUUCUUCAAUAUCGUUGAUAUGAUUAUUAAUUUAUUAUAGGUCAUGAUCAUAGUAUUGGUGACAAUCACAGUUGUGUAAGCUUCCCCACUUUAUGUCUUAAUGUACUAGCUUACAAGUAAAUAGUUUCUUAUUCUUCAUCAUUUUAAUUUCUGUUGAAUGUACAAAUUCACAUUUUAUUAGACAUAAGCCGCGUUUACACGUAGCAAUAAAUUCGGUAUUUAGCGUUCACACGAGGCAAAAUACGCAGUCCAAGAAAUACGGAAUCUAAAUAGAUUCGGUAUUU